AUGUUUGUACUCUCGUUGCUUGUUGCGUUGUUCGGUGUGAUUCUGCUUCGAUUCAUUUCAUUCCGGUACAGAGUAUAUCGCGCGGUGGGAAAGGUGCCCGGUCCGCCGGCCAACUUUUUUCUCGGCAACGCACUGGAGCUGGUCCAGUAUGAUACGCAAGUGUUUUUCGAUAAGUUGAUAGAAUACUUUCACCGCUACGGAACGGUAGUGAAGCUCGAUCUGCUCAGCAAAUGUUGGAUUAUAUUUUCUUCCCCAAGCGAUAUUGAGCAAAUAAUUUCCUCGAACCAAUUCAACCGCAAAUCGCUGGACUACGAGACGCUACAAGAGUGGCUCGGAAAUGGUAUUCUGCUCGAUCACGGCUCGAGCUGGUUCGCAAACAGGCGCGCUCUGACUGGGGCGUUCCACUUCAAGAUCCUCGACAGCUAUGUACCGGUGUUUGAAGAGCAGGCUGACGUACUGGUACGCAAUCUGCUCGCCAGCGACGGCAAGGUGGUGGACAUCUUCGCCCUUGCGAAGCUCUACACGCUUGACGUAAUUCUGGAGACUUCAAUGGGCGUACGAUGCCGAGCGCAGCUGGAAGACUCUGACUAUGUGCGCGCUGUUUCAAACCUUUCUCGCAUCACCUUCUGGCGUAUGUAUAAUGCCAUGGGAUACUCUGAUUGGACCUUUCGUUUAACGAAACAUUACAAGGUCUACCAGGAGGCGCUCCGAAUCAACCGGGAGUUUACGACAUCCGUUAUCAAGGAACGCCGGGCGGAAGUGCUCGCUGGCAAGGGAGAAGAGAGCUCGCCAGAGGAUGAAAAAAGGCGCCUUUCGUUGCUGGACAUACUGUUGCGCUCCGAUCUUACCGGGCGCCAGUUUACCGACCAAGAGGUGUACAGUCAGGUGAACAACUUUAUGUUCGCGGGCCACGAUACGACGUCCAGCGCCAUCACAUUCAUCCUGUACGCGUGUGCCAAAUUUCCGGAAGUUCAGCAGCGAGUGUACGAAGAAAUCUGUUCGAUUGUGCCGCACGAUCAGCCACUUAAACAGCAGCACAUUAACGAACUAAAAUACCUGGACCUGGUUGUCAAAGAGUCGUUAAGGAUGUUCCCACCGGUUCCAUACUUUUCACGCACGGUCGAACGAAACACUACGAUCAACGGGAUCGAGCUGGUAAAGGGUACGGCCAUCACCUUCGGUGCCUACAUGAUGCACAACAAUCCGGAGUACUUUCCCGAGCCGCAUCAAUUCCGACCGGAGCGGUUCGAAGAUGGAGAGACGAAACGACAUCCUUUCGUCUACAUUCCUUUCAGUGCAGGCAGCAGAAAUUGUAUAGGUCAAAAAUUUGCCCUGAACGAACUAAAGACGGUUCUGUCGAAGACUUUGCGCUGCUGCAAAGUAGAGCUCCCGGAUCCAAACUUCGCGCCCAAGAUGAGGCUAGAGCUCGUCCUAAAGCCAGCCAAUGGAAUGCCACUUCGUUUUGUUCCACGCUGUUAGUUCGGAUAGGUGACAGGUGGUUCACGAGUUGAACGAGUCAUCCAAUUAUUCAUAACUUCUUCAUACAGGUGGCGGGCAGAAGUGUUGCACAGAGAAUGGGCAAAAUAGCAUUAAGCAAGUAUUUUUUAAAAGCAAUACACCACAGAGUUACG